AUGACUCUCUGUGGAAGGUAAUUGGUGGACACAAGUUGAGACCUUAUCUUAGAUGAUUGUCAGAUCUUUGGCCUUGUGCUUGGCAAGGCGGGCGAGACUCAUGUGUGUGGAGCAGGAGGGAGGCUGGUGCGAAGGGUGGAGGGGGGCUCCAUUUCCCUGGCUAUGCCAAGACAAAUGGUUUCAGCUCAUUGGAGGCAGCAGAUCACCAUGUAGGAGCCCCAGACCCAAGGAGCUGCCCGGCUGCACAUGCCUUUUGCAGCUGGAAAUGUGCAAGCCAUUAAAUAAUGUAGCUCACCUGUCUCUCUGGAGCUGCUGGCUCCCCACUUACCCACCUACCCACCCUAAAGCCCAGGUGUGGUUUUAACGGGUGCACAUUAGCACUGGUGUUUCCGUAAUUGAGUCUCCUGACUAAGAAAGCUGGAUCUGUCGACUGUUUGCUGUGCAAUUGUGAAGGAACAAAGACUCUGGUCAACCUAUACAGGCCUGAAGCUCUCUCAGGCAAUCCAUUGUCACACCAACCAGCAAUUCAGCAGGGGGAGGAACUGAACCCAGCCCUUCCUCUUCCUCCUCGCCUUUCUGUGAAGUGGAAAGUUUGCAAGAGUCUAACAGGCUAAAGACAAUGCUAUCUUCAAUCCAUAAAAUGCAGCAACAGUUCUGUGGUGCCCUAAAAGGGUUGAAGUGAGGAUGGGAACAAGACUGUGGAGCAGCUCUACCUGAGAACUCCUUUCUGCUCCACUUCAGCUGCAAUUAAACAACCAAAUUCAAUAUCUCAGAGAUAGGGAACCUGUGUCUUUCCAGGUGAUUCGCAAGGGAUAUGAGCAACCACUAAUGGAGCAUUCACAUUUAUGUAUCUGUUACUUUCUCACAUAUGCUGUAGAUUUUAUGUGUGACUUCCUUGAGUAAUGUUUUCUUUUGAAAUAUUUAAGACAUUUUUUUGUUAAAUUUGUGUUAAAUAUGUAGUUAAUAUUUUAGUUUCCUGUUAAUUAUGUUUCUUUGAAUGUAUACUUUAGAUUUGACUUUCUUCAGUAAUCUUUUUAAUCUGGAUUGUUUUAUUUGAUGUUUUAAAGUGUUGUAAGAUGUUUUGAGAUUUUUUUUCUUUUUCCCCUCUAAAGUGGUAAAGAUACGAAGUGAAUAAGAAUAAUAAGAAAUAAUAAUUAGAGAAGCCUUGCUCAAAGCAGUCCAUUGCUGCCACUUUACUCCAGUCAUGGUAACUUCUGCGCAUAACAGCUUCUCCUCUGAGUCUGCGCAGGAGUGUGGAGAAAGAGGGUCCCUGCUGCAUCCACAGCAGGAUGAGGUGUUUGGUCAUAUUUCCGGAAUAACAAACCAAACUGCCCCCCAUGCCCCAAUCAGGGACAUACCUAGAGAUUUAUUGAAUUAUUAUUAUUUAUUUAUUUUAAAGUCCAGUGGCACCUUAGAGACCAACUAAGUUUGUUCUUGGUAUGAGCUUUCGUGUGCACGCACACUUCUUCAGAUACCAUGAAACCAACACGGCUACCUUCCUGAAUCUAAUACCUAGGGGUUGGUCAGGUUGGGCCCCGCCAAGGAUGCAGGCCUGGGUGCAUGUGUGCAAAAUUGUGCCUCUCCACGCUGGUUCAGAGUGGCUAGCAUCCCACCUGGCCAUCUGUGCAUUCCCCAGACCACUGCUCUGCUGCUUGGGGUGGGGGCAGUACAGCUCCUUACCCAGGGUGCAAGGGACAAGGAGGGUGUCGAGGCAGCUCUUUGCCAAGGGCACUCGGGAGCCUAGGUACACCUCUGGCCCCAAUUCACCCUACUUUCCAUUAAUCUGGGUCCCAAAUGGAUAAGUAAGGAACUUACAACCAUCCUUUGGGUUGCUGCUUGAUUAACAAUUGAUUAACAAUUGAGUGGGAGAUGUCGACUUUUCUGUUAACUGAAGCUGGCAGAUUGCCCUGUGUGAAAAACUCACAGCAUCAGGCUCUCCCAGGGGCUCAGUGAACCUGGCUCUCUUGCAGCUCUUUGCUUCUCUUUCUGGACUGAUGUCAAUGUUUCAGCACAAAAUAAUAAUAAUAAUAAUAAUAAUAAUAAUACAUAAUAAUAAUUCCAAUAGCACCUUAGAGACCAACUAAGCUUGUUAGCCAGUGUGGUGUAGUGGUUAAGAGUGGUAGAUUCGUAAUCUGGUGAACCGGGUUCGUGUCUCCGCUCCUCCACCUGCAGCUGCUGGGUGACCUUGGGCCAGUCACACUUCUCUGAAGUCUCUCAGCCCCACUCACCUCACAGAGUGUUUGUUGUGGGGGAGGAAGGGAAAGAAGAAUGUUAGCCACUUUGAAACUCCUUCGGGAAGUGAUAAAGCGGGAUAUCAAAUCCAAACUCUUCUUGUUAUUGGUAUGAGCUUUCGUGUGCAUGCACACUUCUUCAGAUACCAAUGUUUCAGCAGGUGAGGAAAAGCUGUUCCUUUGAUGAGGGGAUUCUCCAAAUGUCACUGACUCCCUUAUUCUUUUGGCCCUUGUAGGCCUAUGUGUGCAUGGUGCUAUACUUUGGCUUGUACAUGUUCUGUUAAAGUUCAGAAAGUUUAUGUAUUUCACCUUAUUCUGUUACACUUCUAUUAUGGUUUUAUUAGAUCUUUAUAGAACUUCAUGCUGGUCAGCUCUGCAUUUUUAGCUGUGUGGGCUCUGUAAUAACAUGGGGAGGACUGAGGAGGCUGUCUUCCUUUGUUAUAUUCUUUUGGAGAACACACAGUCUCUCAUAUUAAAUAUUGGACAAUGAGCUCUUUAUAAACUGCCAUUCAAAAAAAUGGUUCUCUCUUGUGCCCUCUGAUAUUACAAGGUGAUGGUGGGUUUAGGAAACAUCUAAGUAAUCUUUGGGAAAGAUAUUUCUGCCUGUCUCAGCUCUCAGUUCUGUUCCAGGAUCUGCUCCGUUUUCAAGAGAGCAAGUCCACGGAAGAAUAGAGUGCGGGCUCAUCCAGCGAGAGAAGAGGAGCACAGUCGGAGCAGAGACACAGCGCCUGCUGCUCUUCCCCGGCAAAAGGAGAGGGCAGAGCCACACAAGGAAGAGCUAGACGAGAAUGGUGAGCUGUCAGCCUUAGGCAGAAGAAGGGGGUCAUGAAAUCAUUGUCCCAGUGAGGCACCCUUUUUCACAGGGAGAGGCUCAGGUGCUGUGUUUGAGCCCUCACCCCACCCCCUGGAAAAGGCUGCUUCACUUGCUGGCUGCAGAGAGCAGAGCAGAACUGCUUCUCUUUUGGUGGCAGCACUACUGCCCACAACCCACACCCCCCUUUCAUGUAUUAGGACAGAACUUGCAUAAAUGUUUUUUUUAAAAUAGCUUUUAUUCAAAAUUAAAACAAAACAUAUUAUCCAGAAACAUAUCAUCCUUAUUUCCCACCAUUUUUCCUCCCUCCCCCCACAGAACCCACCCACCCCACCCCCGACUUCCCUCAGUUCCAGUCUUUGAUUUCUCUAAAAAUGCUGUUUUCUGCAUGUUACACAGUUGUAUAAAGGAGUCCAGUUCGCUUUGUUGUAUCUUCAAAUACUUUGUAAAGGGUUUCCAUUCAUCUUUAAAGUCACAGUUAUCCUUGUCCCAUAGCUUGUAUGUCAGUUUUGCCAGUUCUGCAUAGUCCAUCAAUUUUUCUUGCCAUGAUUCUUUGGUUGGGGUUUCUUCAGUCUUCCAUUCUUGUGCUACCAGAACUCUUGUAGCCGUUGUCUCAUACAUGAAGAUGUUUUUCAACUUUUUGGCAGAUCUUUCCCUACAAUCCCUAAUAAAAAUGCUUCAGGUUUUUUAACAAAUGUUGAAUGGAACAUUUUCUUCAAUUCACUGUAUAUCAUUUCCCAAAUUUUUUUAAUUACCUUACAAUCCCACCACAUAUGAUAAAAUGUCCCCUCCUUUUCCUUACACUUCCAACAUAUAUUUGAACUAGUUUUGUACAUUUUCCCUAACCGCACUGGUGUUGUGUACCAUCUGUAUAUCAUCUUCAUGUAAUUCUCCUUCAAUAGGGAACAAUCUGUAAAUUUUAGGUCAGUUUUCCAUAAUUUUUCCCAAUCUUCCAUCAUAAGGUUCUGACCUACAUCUUGUCCCCAUUUAAUCAUAACUGAUUUUACCUCUUCAUAGAAAUUGCAUAAAUGUUAAUAAAAAAUAAAUGACCCAUUCAGAAUGGCCUGGUCAGGGUUCACUCUUUCCUUUUACCAGAAUCACAGAUCUGCUUCUGCAACCUGAGGAAUCUCCGGGAAGGAACUGGUCCCUUCCUGGUGCAGGCCUCCAUUGACAACUUGUGUGCCCUGGCAGAGACCAAGCUGGCCGGGGUCCUGCGGGCCAUCUGCAAGUAUCGCCAGAGCAUCCACAAGGUAGGCAGGAAAACUCUGUGACUGUGAGAUGCUCCCAAAUGCCUCAUGGCCGCUCCCAACAGAUUCAUGCUGAUGUUAAAUAGCAAUGGCAAUAAGGCUUAGCUGCAGAAGGGAACUGAGGGUCUCCUGGAUCUGGUCUGCUUAUGACCCCCAAUGAUUACACAUCAUUUAUGGCAUAGGGAAACCCAGCCAGAUUGGUGAGGAAUAAAUAAUAAACUUAUUAUUAUUAUAAAAUGUGGUUUCUACAUCCUCAUAGUCAAAACACCCUUAGGUGAAUCAUGCUGUGUUCUGCCUCUCAAGAUGCUUUUUGAACUUGGAGCCAUUAUCAGCCAUCAGGAAGAGCACCCAUCAGAAGGGCUCUUCUGCUGUUGGAACCUUUCUGGAUGUUCCUUAGGCACUUCCAAGCAAGCACCACCUGCAAAAGGCACCUACUGACCUUGGGAGCAGCAGGGGGCAGGGGGACCUGCAUGCCCCCCAGCUGCAGCUUGGUGUGUCCGUCUGGGCACUUCUGAAGCAUUUAUGUGAAGCAGAGUGGUGUCUGGGAGAGUCAGACACACAGACUGCGAUGGUGUGUGUGGCCAGAAAGGAGAAAGCAGAAAGGGUGGCUCACGGGGGGACACAAGGAGGACUGCUCCGUCUUGGUGUUGGGGUGUGGUGGUGAGGCAAAUUGGUGGGAGGGUGUCAGGUGGGAAUGUGCCCCCCCCCCCAGAGCACAGGGAAAGAGUUAGACUCAGAAAUUGAACUAAGUGAACGAGGGAACAAUUCUGCAGAUGAGAGCUGGCUGACAGAGUCAAGAAAGGGCAGUUCACCCCCCCCUUCCUGGGGAAGACUCUGUUAUCUCUCAAGGGGAGGAAGAGUUGGAAGGCAGCCAGAGCAUAGCAGAUAAGCAGAGGUCCGUGGGGAGGGGGCAGGCCAGCCUCUCAGUCCCCGUUCUAGGCAUCUGGAUAAGAUCAUAAGGGCAAGAGGGGAAGGUGGGAGUUUAACGUCCUUCCUGCUGUGGGAGAUGUGAAGAUUCAGACUGACCAACUAUUGUAAAUGUGAGCAGGUGAGAAGCUGUGCUCUGGAUGUGUGGGUUUUUUUGUAAAUAAACAUACAUAAAACUGUCGGAGAAUCAUUACUUCUUAUCAGGGCUUGCUUGCCUGCCAGAGAUCAUUACAGAGGGCAGCUGACCAGCACUGACCAGAGCAGGCCCCUUUGUGGCACCUGCUUGAAUGGAAGCUGGUGCAACAAAGGACCUUCCUCUGGCGCCAGCCAUGUCUGCAAAGGAAUCUCUUUUUUCAGCUUGGUCAUCAGGUGAGUGACAGGAAAGAGGCCCCAGCCAACUGUUAAAAUGGCCCACAAGGCCAGGGGAGUUCAGGAUCCACCCCUGUUCUGUGAGAGGAAAGCCUUGUAGUCCUCCAAGUGAGAUGUGAGGGGCCUUGUGCUAAGCUUAAAUCUGUCUCUGAAAGCAUUUCUGUGGCUUCUCACCUGGAUGAUUUCUUUGAGUAGUCUGGUGUGGGUUCAGACGGAAGCUUCUUUUCUCUUCUUUUUUCAGGGUGCCUUGAGUGAAUCCAGUGCUGGCCUUUGCUGCUUUUUGCAUGCAUCCACAAACCACCUUUGGCACUUGACAUGAGACUUUUGGUUUCCUUUAGCAUUUCCUUCUUUUUUGCAGAUCUCUCCAAAGCAUCGAUUGCGUAUUAAUGAAAUCCUGCAGGCUGUGAUCAGGUCGGCACAUAGCGUAGACUACAAACUGGCUAAAGUCAUCAUCAAACUAGCUGCUGAAGAUAUGUUGAGGACCACAGUAAGGAGCGAACUGGUGAAAUAGAUGCUUCAUAUAUCACUAAGCUGAAGGAGUGAGCGAUGCUGGCUCUCUCCCACCACCUUUCAAGCCUUGCAAUAUUUUAUUUAUUUUUCAUUAAUUUUGUAUACCACCCUUCAUCUGUAGAUCCCAGUGCAGUUCACAACAUAAAAUUAUAAUAUAAAAAGCACAAAAUACAUAAUAGAAAUAAGGAUAUAAGCAACCCAAUAAUUUCCAGUACUUGGGCAUAUUGCAAAUACGGGAGAAUUUCAUUCAGUCAGAGCCCUGGUGGAACAACAGGCCAUCCCAUUAGCCCAUCCCCAGUAAUAGCAGCUAAGAAAAAGGUGUGGUUGGCAUCCCAGUCUAUGCUGACCGUAGCUGCUUUUCCCUAGACAUCAUCUGAGCCUUCAGUGACAGAGAUGGGUCUAGGAGCUCCCCAAACAAUGCACUUGUUUCUUCAGAGGGAGAAUAACUCCAUCCACAACUGAUGAGCUCCCCAACUCCCAGACCUUGGAGACUCUUUUCACCGAGUCUUCCAUCUUACCAAGAUUCUUUCUCAGUUUGUUGGCCUCAUCCAGCUCACCACUGCACCCAGGCACUGUCUUAAAACAGUCACAGCCUCUUCCAAGUCAGAUGCAAGACAGAAACAGAGCUGGGUGUCAUCACCAUACAGCUGAAACCCUGCCCCAGACCUCCCAGACACCCUUCUCAAUGGCUUCAUAUAGAUGUUAAACAGCGCUGGGGUAAAAUGGUGCCCUGCAGACCCCAACAGCACAACUGCCAAGGGGCAGCAUAACUCCCCAGUGUUAUUCUCUGACUGGACUCAUAGGUAGGAGCAGAACUGCUGGACCACAGUGCCACCAGCUCAUGGAGAAGGUCCAGAGGAGGCCAUGGUCAGUGGUGAUGAAAGCCACAGAGCAGCAAGGUCUCCAUUCUCAUCCCUCUCCUGAAGACAGUUCUCUACCAGGUUGACCAAGGCAGAUUCUGCCCCAAAGCAGAGCCUGAAGCCAGGCUGGAAGAGGUCAAGACAACCCAUUUCCACCAAGGGUGUCUGCAACUGGACUACCACCACCUUCUCAACCACCUCACACCCAAAGGGGUAUUUGUGGCAGGGUGGUAAUUGUCAAGCACCUUGGGGUCCAGGGAGGUCCUCUUUAGGAGCAACCAGCCCCACCCCACACAACUGUUGACAGAGGAGUCUAGUGAGGAGUCCUGCACAACCCGCAGGUUCUGUGUGGCCAGGAGGCAGCAGUAGCCAGAAGUGCCUUUGAACACUUUGCUCUUAUACACAGACUCAGUUAUCAGUUACUCUGGGUCCUGCAGUGGUCCAGAUGAGAUUUCUGCAAUGUGCUCCACAUGUGUCUGCCCUUGCAGGUGCUCUGGGAAUCUCAGGUGCCUUGAAAUGCAGCCGCCCAUGGUUUCACCACAACCAGUUAGCUGGACCAUGUUCCAGGGAUCUUCCACAACCCCCCUGCCAACAUGUUUCCAGGUUAAACUGAAGGAGCUGCUUCUUUUUCUUUUUUUUUUUAAUAAAUGAUUUUUAUUAAGGUUUCAGGGAAAAAAAAUUAAACAGAAAGACAUAAAAGAAGAAAUACACAAAUACACUAUACAUAAUCCAAAAAAAGAAAAUAAACACACACACACACACAAAAAAAGCAAAUAAAACGUAAUAAACAGAACAAUUAAAAACAAUAUCACUUUUUCAUUUCCGUUUUUAAAUUUACUUAUUUUCUGGACUUCCUCAUACCCCCUCUUUUGUAUUCCAGUCCAAAUUGUUUGUCCAGCAGUUUCUUUUCCACUUUUUUAAUCCCAGUCUUUAAUCAUAAUAUAAUAUAACAUCAAAAUUUUACCUCUUUAGUACCAAAUUUCCAUUUCCUUAAACUUCUUUAAUCCUAAUCUUUAAUCUCACUGUAAUAUAACGUUAAAAUUUUACCCCUUAAGUACCAAGUUUCCAUUUCCUUAUACUUCUUUAAUCCUAAUCUUUAAUCUUGAUCUAUAUAUAACUUUAUCCUGUACAGCUGGAAACCACUUAUUUUCAAUCCAACAUCACUCUAACAUUCAUUAAUUUUGCAGUGUUUCUGUAGAUAAUCUUUGAAUUUCUUCCAAUCUUCCUCCACCGACUCUUCUCCCUGGUCACGGAUUCUGCCAGUCAUUUCCGCCAGUUCCAUAUAGUCCAUCAAUUUCAUCUGCCAUUCCUCCAGCGUGGGAAGUUCUUGUGUCUUCCAAUACUUUGCGAUAAGUAUUCUUGCUGCUGUUGUUGCAUACAUAAAGAAAGUUCUAUCCUUUUUUAACACCAUUUGGCCGACUAUGCCCAGGAGAAAGGCCUCUGGUUUCUUAGGGAAGGUAUAUUUAAAUACCUUUUUAAUUCAUUAUAUAUCAUUUCCCAGAAAGCCUUAAUCUUUGGGCACGUCCACCAAAGGUGAAAAAAUGUACCUUCAGUUUCUUUACAUUUCCAACAUUUAUUAUCGGGCAAGUGAUAGAUUUUUGCAAGCUUGACUGGGGUUAUGUACCACCUGUAUAUCAUUUUCAUAAUAUUCUCUCUUAAGGCAUUACAUGCCGUAAAUUUCAUACCUGUGGUCCACAACUGUUCCCAGUCAGCAAACAUAAUGUUAUGUCCAACGUCCUGUGCCCAUUUAAUCAUAGCCGAUUUUACCGUUUCAUCCUGAGUAUUCCAUUUCAGCAGCAAGUUAUACAUUCUUGACAAAUUCUUAGUUUUGGGUUCUAACAGUUCUGUUUCUAAUUUUGAUCUUUCCACCUGGAAGCCAAUUUUCUUGUCCAAUUUAAAUGCCUCCAUUAUCUGAAAAUAAUGAAGCCAGUCUCGCACUUUGUUUUUUAAUUUUUCAAAACUCUGCAAUUUCAGUCUAUCUCCGUCUUGUUCCAAAAUUUCCCAAUAUUUCAGCCAUUUGACCUCCAUAUUGACCUUUUUCAAGGCUUUCGCUUCCAUUGGUGACAGCCACCUUGGGGUUUUAUUUUCUAACAAAUCCUUAUAUCUUAUCCAAACAUUAAACAGCGCUUUCCUGACAAUGUGGUUUUUAAAUGCUUUAUGUGCUUUGACCUUAUCAUACCAUAAAUAUGCAUGCCAUCCAAAUACAUUGUUAAAACCUUCCAAGUCCAAAAUGUCAGUGUUUUCAUGGAGUAGCCAUUCUUUCAACCAGCAAAAAGCUGCUGAUUCAUAGUAAAGUUUGAGGUCUGGCAGGGCAAAUCCACCUCUUUCCUUUGCAUCCGUUAGUAUUUUAAAUUUUAUUCUGGGCUUCUUGCCCUGCCAGACAAAUUUAGAAAUAUCUUUCUGCCACCUCUUGAAACAAUCCAUCUUGUCCACGAUCUGCAAAGUUUGAAACAAAAACAACAUUCUAGCCAAUACAUUCAUUUUUAUCGCAGCAAUACGGCCCAGCAGUGAAAGCUUGAAAUUUGACCAAAUUUCUAAAUCUUUUUUCACUUCAGACCAACAUUUUUCAUAGUUAUCUUUAAAUAAGUUCCCAUUUUUUGCUGUCAUGUUUAUCCCCAAGUAUUUAACUUUCUUAACCACUGUUAAACCUGUCUCAUUCUGAAACCUCUCUCUUUCAAUCGGUGUUAAAUUUUUCUCUAAAACCUUAGUUUUUAACUUGUUCAAUUUAAAUCCUGCCUCUUGUCUUUUAAUGGCCUGUGAUGAUAAUUUCUGGAAAACAACCUUUCACCAUAUUACCCUGACCAACAGCUUUGUCCGCGCCUGUUAGAAAUACAGCGGGUGGGGGGUGCCUGAGUGAAAGGUCCCUUCAGCUGCAGUGCCCCCCACUCCCCACAGAGCAGAAAUGGGCAAGUGGCCUCAGCUGCCCACCUGACAUUUAUAUCCCCUUUGGUUCUGCAGGAUCUUCAGGACCUGUACCAGGAUGCAGCUGGUGACAUCCUGGUGGCCCUCUGGAACCACUUCCCAGUAGAAGUGCUGAGCAAGCUCCUGGACGGCUUCCAAGGGCGGCUGCUCCCAUACCGUAGCAUCCUCUGUGUUCUGGGGAAACUGGCAAACAAAGGUACAAAAGCCUCAUCCUUCCCAGUACUCCCUUUCCACUCUGCCUCUGUGUCUUCAAAACAGAGCUGGUUCUGAUCCAAAGUUCUCUGGUGUGUUUGGGAUAGGGGUCACCUUGAGAAAACUAGGCCUGCUCAGCCAAAUGAGCCAGAGGCAGCAGCCAGCUUCCAUCAGCAGGUCCCUGCACAAGACCAGCAUUGCUAGCUGCCCAUCACAGAAAACGGCCACCACCCCUUAUUAUACUGGGGCAGAUGGGGGCAAAUACCCAGACAGUGUGUUCUAAGAGAGACCCUGCACAGCGGGCGCUGCCUGUCUAUCCCUCAAGGUCCCUCAUUGUUCCCCUUAUGCCUCUCCUGCCCCUCCCAUGAACAAAAGUUGCCUCACAGAUUUGGAGAACUGCUAAUGAACUGCCCGUGGCUGCUGCUGAAGCCUGCAAAUGAGCUCUGGGGAAAUGCCUAGCAAAGCUCUUCUGGACACACACAGUUUGAGUGCUGCUGAUAAGCUUGUGUUUAUUUUGGUGCACAGUCUAACACUGUCAUUACCACCAUGUCUACUCAGAAGUAAGUCCUACUGUAUUCAGUGGAGCUUAAUCCUAGGAAAGUGGGGUUAGGAUUGCAGCCUAUAAUGGCAUGGGCUUCAAAUGCAAGGACCUAUGAUAUGCAUUUGAAGCCCACACCAUCAGAUUUAGCAUUGCAUAGGCCAAAAGGACCAAUCCUUGCUUGCUCCACAGACUUAGUGUCUGAAGCGCUUUAUGAUGCUCAUGAAACUCAGUGGCCCUGAUCCACUGCCUGCCUUUCCUAUGCAGCCUUUACAGAGAGUGACGCCUACAAGACUGAUGUGUGGGAGCGAAAGCUGGUGGAGGUAAGGUGAGAGCUCUUCUUCCUCAAGGGCGGGGGGGGGCAUUUAUUCAGGUGACCUAAGCAGAGCCAACCAGUCAUGAGGCAGGAGGAAACUGGUGCACCUAUGUCACAGAGGGGCUGUUCUAACUUGUGGGGUGGGGUGAUAUUAAAGUACAUUAAAUUUGCUGGCUAAGUUCAAACAGCCUUUCUCUGCUGCUGGCACCACAGUGGGGACCCUCAGGCACCAGUCAGGUUUUUAAAACAAAAUCAAGGGAUAUAUUUGAGCAAUCUUGAAGGCCACUCCAAAGCAUUUGGCAUUGCAGUGGAGGGCCUUGGGAAGAGCCAGCUGUUGCCCUUCAGUCUGUUUCUCUCUUUUGUCCUGCAGUUUGUGGAGCGGCUCCUGAUUGACGUCACGGACAAGGCCUGCUGUGCAGAGCUCAGCCGUGAGUUGAUGAGAAUGCAGCAGACCCAGAACGACCAAAGCCCGGAGAAGGUUCGUGGAAGAAGGAAGCCCCAUGAACUGCUCUGCUUGUGGGGGGCCUGGGGCUCUGGCCACCCCUGGGGUCAGUGGGGUCCUAGCAAUCCGGUCAGCUUUCCAGAAGAAGUUUCUCAUGGAGUUUUCAUGUGAUCCAGUCAUGUUUCUUUUCUCCAUUCAUUCAGUUCCCUACAGCUGUAAAAUGCUGCCCCUGAACCCCUAACCCAACCACAAAGGGAAACCUGCAAGCAAGAUUUGAGCAAAGAGCCCUCUCCCCUCCUGCGGUUUCCAGCAGCUGGGAUUCAGAAGCAUUGCUGCCUCCAACUGUAGAGGCAGAGCAGAGCCAUCCUGGCUAGGAGCCACCCAAAGCCAUACCCUCCUCCAUGAAUUUGUCCAUUCCUCCUUUAAACUCAUCUAGGUUGGUGGCCAUCCCUGCCUCCUGUGGGAGGGAGUUCCACAGCUUAACUUUGUACUGCAUGAAGAAGGACUUUCUAUGUUGCACACCACCCCAGUCUCCAAGCAGUGAGAGAUUCCAGAGGUUCCAGGUGUUUUCCCAGCAUUCAGUUCCUGGGAAUGAGGGACAGUGGAGAAUGUGGUGCCUUUAGGACCUGUGGUUUAUUUACACACAUAUACAACCUCAGCCUACGAUGGAGGAGCUCAGAGUACAGCGGUACCUUGGUUCUCAAACACCUUGGUACUCAAACACCUUGGAACCCAAACACUGCAAACCUGGAAGUAAGUGUUCCGGUUUGCAAACUUUUUUCGAAGCCAAACAUGCUCUAUUUUGAGCGUUACACUUCCGAUUUGAGUGCCACACUUCCAUUUUGAGUGUUACUCUGAGGUCUGUCUGUUUUUGCUAUUUAUUUUGUUUUUGUAGCUCUUUUCUGUGUGUGUGACUGCAGUACAUUUUUUAUUGCUUUCAUUUUAUGGAUCAAUGGUCUCGUUAGAUAGUAAAAUUCAUGUUAAAUUGCUGUUUUAGGGGUUGUUUUUAAAAGUCUGGAACGGAUUAUUCCAUUUUGCAUUACUUUCUAUGGGAAAGCACACCUUGCUUUUGGAAUGCUUUGGUUUUGGAACAGUCUUCCGGAAGGGAUUAAGUUUGAAAACCAAGGUACCAAUGUAUUAACCCCAAAAGGUCUUGCUUCUCCCAUAGUCACAGCCUUGGUUUCAAACAGAAAUAAAGCAUGUCUCUCCCUCUCAGGCUUCUGCCAGCCUCCUGCUUCCAGCCUAGCUCACGCAUGUCUCAACUCUGCCUUUUCUCCUUCUAACUACAAGCCAGUUGAGGAAGGGAUAGCUACCAGCACAAAGCCACUUCCUUUGUUACCCCAGCUGCACAUACUUAGGGGCUAUUAAUUUACCAAGAAGCUGGCCUGGCUAUUCCAACAACUGAAUCCUUGCUGGAUCCAGGAAUUAGAAGGGACUUGGGAAUACCACCUAUCCCAGCCCACUACCACCAAGGCUCACAACACUAUUGUAACAUGCUUUGGAAAAGAAAUCUCAGUCAACCACACCCACACCCACCCAUACACACACACACACACACACUCCAGGUUCUCCCUGUGAUCUUGUGGGUGUUUGUUUUCUUCCUCUUCUUCCAACAGGUCUUUCUCUAUCAGUAUUAUGGGGCCAUCCUGCGUGUCUCAGAUGACUCUCAGUUAGUCCAGGAGCAGCUCAGCCAUCUCCUGGCCUUGCACCACAGAGGACCUUGGGAAGCCACGGUGAGGCAAGGCAGCUGAUCUCCUCCCAGGAAAGGGGCUCCAUCACUGCAUUUGUAGACAAGCCCCACAUCCUUCUGCUGUCCUUGAUGGCCCAGCUUGGACCUUAGGGCGAAGUGUGGGUCAGGAGAAGGAGAGCAGCCUGUGAAGUGUUGCACUUUCUGAGGCAGGGAAUAGGGGGCUGGGCUGGCGCGGGAAAUGCAGGUGGGGAGGCCCAGAGGAGAAAGAAGAGCACCCAUCCUCAGGGCAUUUCAUUAACCAGGUGAAAGAAUUUGAGCUUUGCUUGUCCCGGAGAAAAGUGGCUCUGAGUGUGGGAGGGAGAAAUGCCUCUGAGUUGGCUCUCUUGAGACAUCUGUCACCUGAUUUCCUGCCCAAUCUGACAUGAUCACAAGGGCCUGGACACAUCCCUGGGGCCCAAGGCUGAUGCUGGGCCAUUGGCACAGCUCAGUAAUCCAAGAGGAAAGCAAAAGGUGAGAGGUUUCCAGCCUCCUCCUUGUCCACAGGACCAGCGCAGCAGUCAAGCUGGAAAGUAGCUGAUGGAUCACCAGUUUUCAAAAAGGGACCCAGAAGAGAUCUGGGAAAUGACAGGCCAGUUAGAUGAAUGUCUGCCCUGGGAAAACUGGUGGAAAGCAUUAUGAAAUGUGGAAUUAUGAAGCAGAUAGGACAAGCCUGGUUGAAACAGAACCAGCAUGGCUUCUGCAAGGUUAGGUCCUGUCUCAUUAACCUUUUAGCAUUAUUUUAUUUGUAUAUUUCCAUCCCACACAAUUCUUAUACAACUUGAUUGUAAGAAAACCUUCAAACAGUUUACAAAACCUUGAGAGUUUUGUAACAAGCAUACAGAUAGGGGUGAUUCAGUUGACAUUGUGUAAUUGGGCUUUCAAAGAGCUUUUGAUAAAAUGCCGCAUCCCAGAAACCCCUGAGUAAGCUCAAUAGUCAUGGGAUAAAGGUCCCCUUGUGGAUCAAUAACUGGUUAAGAAACAGGAAGCAGAGGCAGUUCUCCCAUUGGAAGGAAGUAGGUGGAGCAAGCUUGUUUUCUCCUGUUCUGGAGGGUAGGGCCUAUGCCAAUGGACUCAAGUUACAAGAAAGGAGAGACCUCUGCUUUUAACUUGUUCAUGAAAGAUCUAGAGUUGGGGAUGAGCAAUGAGGUGGCCAAAUUUGGUGAUGAACAAUGAUACUAUGUUAUUUAGCAUGAUUUUUUUUAAAAAAACCACAGGAUUGUAAGAAGCUGUAGAAAGAGUUUGUGAAAUGAGUGAAAUGGCAGCAAAACGGCAGGUGCAAGUACCAAGCGAUGUAUAUUGGGGCAAAGAAGUCUAAUCAUGGAGUCUGAACUGGUGGUGACUGACUAGGAACAAGAGCUGGAUUUGUUGGUUUGCUCUGUUGCAACAGUCAAGAAUCCUAUGACAUCUGAAAGGCUAAUGCUUUAUCUUGUGGACCAGAGUUUCAUUGCCAGGUGCACCAAGUGAGCAGUCAGUGAGCAGGUGGAGAGCCACCUGGAUAGAGUUCAAACCCUGCAACCUCAGAAGUGGUCUCCUUGCCCACUUAGGUGGCCGUUCCAUGUCUCUGACUAGGUGGCCUCUGAUCCAUGAAUGCUGAUAUCACAAUACAUUUUGGGUUAGUCCUUGGAGUGCCAUCAGUCUCUUGGUCGCCUUGAGAGACUUGCCUGAGAAUUGUAUCCUAAAAGGCUAGUGGAUUUAGCAGAGAUCUUUAGCGUGUUGUUUAUGUCGUGUGCAGCCCUUUGCCGUCCAAGGGUGCUGAUCUGCUGAAGUGCCUAAAAUGUUUGCAUUUGUAAUCAUCGGUUUCUGAAACCUUUCAGAGAAUCCCAUUGCCUGGCUUCUCUGCCCAGGGAAGAGUUUUGUGUAACUCAGGACAAACAUGGUCUGGUCUGGCUCAUCUACUUGUGCAGAGAUGGGGCCAUGUGCGCACACGCCCUGCUCCCUCCUCACCCUGUUUCCUUUGGCUGGUUCCUCCUCCUUCAGGGCAUUGCUUCUGCAGUUGGCUUGGCUGCGUCUCGCCACCUUGAUGAGGUUUUCAAAGCUUUGGAGAACUUCAGCAAGGCUUAUUCCACCCAUGAAACAUCUACAGAAAGCAGCAGCCAGGUAUUAUUUCAGAAAAGUAAUACAUUGUCAGGGCAGCGGGGAGGGGAGAUGCUCAUGGUAUUGUAUUUUCCUCUCCUUUUUAUAUUCUUAAACAACAAAAUAUUUUGUUGAAAUUAGACAAUUUUUAUUCCCAAGUAUAAAUAUGGAAGUUAUGAGUUUCUCUUGGACAUGGCUAUGUUGUACUUCUGCAAAGACUAGCCUACCGGUUACAGUACGAGCCUACUGCUCGUGACACAGCCGAAGUCUGGUGUUCUCACUGGUUCUCAGGGAGGGUGAGGCGACUUCUGCAUUGUCAGCAAAAGUGCUUGAUUGCCAUUGGGUCCUCCUUGCUGCUGGCUGUGGCUUCCCAAACUCCUUGCUCUGCUCCACUCUGUUUGGCAAUGUCUCUCUGUGUUGCAAUGACUCCAGAACAUAUGAGACUGCCUUAAGCAAGUGUGGCAAGUCCUGUAAUGGAGGCUUUACGUAGUCCCUCCUGGUGACCUCUGGCUCCUGAUGGGCCCAAGGCUGGACAGAAGGCAAGAUCCUUGGCCUUUCCCAGAGUGCCUGCAGGAUGCAUUAGACACGCAAGGCAGCUGCCCUCACCACCCUGAAUUCAGCACUGUGCUGAUUCAUGUCAUUCUCCACCCCCACCUCCGCCUGCAGUCAGAGAGGCUGCUGCAGAACUUUCCACAGUCUCACCAGGGAGGCCUCUGACCUCGUUCUCCACUAGGCAGGCACUAAGGAGCCACCUCUGUCUGCAGGGAUUCCAGGGAUCUUGUCUUCUCAAAAAAGAAAGUCAAACUCUCUGCUGCUUGAGUGAAGGGAAGGACCUUUGGGGGAAUGAUAGAAGGAGGGUAAUCCCAUUGACUUUGGCUUCCCUGUAAUGCUGGACAGGAUCCUGGCAACACUGACUGUCUCCCCCACCCCCAGGACUUCAAGUGGAACACCCUUCUGCUCUGCUAUGGGCAGGUGGCCCUGGGGAUCAAAGAUGAAGUUCUCCCGAGAGUGGACCUGAUUCUGUCCAAAUUGAUUGAGUAUUGCACCACCAGCCCAAUGGUAUUGUGGCCAUUUUUGCCUUUACGAUAAAGAGAAUGGUGUUAUGCACUAUGUGUAUCAACAAAUCGCUGUAUUUCGUAUGUUUUAAUUGUUUUCAGGUUAUGGUUUUUAAUUCUAUAUCAAUGAUGUGUUUUGUGACAUGGGAAGGGCGGGAUUUAUUUUAUUUCAUAACUUUUCUAUACCAAUUAGAAUAAUAGAAUUGUAGAGUUGGAAGGGAUCCUAAGAGUCCCCUAGUCCACCCGCUGCUAUGCAGGAAUCUCAACGAAUGUGUCCCUGAGAGAUGACCAUCCAACCUCUGCUUAAAUGAGAUUUAUAUAGGUAUAUAAAAAAGAGUGCCUUGGAAGCCAAGAUCAAGUUUUGGAGCAAGUACUCUUUGGUGAGAGAAACCCAGCAGAAAUUUAAAAUCACAACUUAUGCAAAAAAGUAAUGUGUGGAAGUAUAGGCUCUUAGACCUUUAAAAUAGCCUCUUCUAUAUUGCUCCUCUCUUCCCUUAGCAUAGUAAGAGACCACAUGUUUAGUAGGUUAAAAGGGAUAUUUUUACAAACUUUUCAAAGGUCAGGUUCAUGUGCUUUUCCACACAGCAGUUAGAAAACACAGGCAGUACAACUUAGGUUCCAGAGUAGUGAAUGUUUCUAAAUUAUUUGUGCAGACACACUAGGGUGACUUGUUUCAACUACAUGUUCUGAGCUUGGAGCAACCAGCUCCAUAACUCCUUACUGGUAAGGUUCAUAAUAUUGAUCAGUCUGACUCUGCAUAUAUAAGGCAGCUUUUAAGUUCCUAAAACCAAAAAUCCAGUAAGAGCAAAAUCAAACAAUAAACAGCUGCACCGAGAUAUGCAGACUUUAAUCUCAACAGCUAGGUCAGGUCUGGGUCUGCUUCCAGAAGGGUGGAAGAGAACCGGGUUCAUGGAGAUGCCAGAGCUUGGGGAAUCUGGCAGCAUGGAGGCCAGACUGGAAUGCAAACCAGGUGACACUUGUUGCAGGGCCUCCUUAGUGGAGCUUAAAUCUCAGGAGAAGGCUGUGGCAUGGGGGGAGGAGCCAUGGGCAGAAAUAAGAGGGUCCCCUGACCUUGAGGGAUCUGUGGGUAGAAACCAGCAUCUUGAACUGGGUCUGGAAAACAGAUCAACCUCCAGGGCAGCUGCCACCAGUUAAAUACCUUUGGAGUCAGAACUAGCAGUUGCCAUAGCAUCAGUGAGAGUGGUCAAGACCCCGUCAGGUCACUAGCAAACUGCAGAGCUGCAGAAGGAUCUCUGCCAACAAAAUGGCAAAAGCAGGUUCAGUGCAAGGAAGUGUAACAUAAUGCCCAUUGAAGCAAAAAAUGUGUUUUUAAUGUUGUACAUCACCCUGGGACCUUUUGAUAAAGGGUGGUAUAUAAACUGUAGUAGUAGUAGUAGUAGUAGUAGUAGUAGUAGUAGUAGUAAUACAUCAAUAGGGAUUGAGCUGACUGCUGGCUAGGGCUCUGGGUGGGUUGAGGGAAAAGCUCAAAGGAAACACUGGCUCCAUGCUCAGCAGCUGUGGUGCCAGACAUUAUUCUGGUGAGACAUUGAAGCUGCACCUCAUUUCCUCCCCUUUGUUCAUUCACCAGUUCAACCUGGGCACUUUCCCCCAAAUUCUGAGCAGCUCCUCAUUUGAUUUUCACUGCCACAAAUAACUGGCUGCAUCAGCCACAAACAUGGCCUCUACAUUACUCGCACUGGAUCUUUUCAAAUGAAGAACGUAUUUUCUUGUUCCCUUUAUUUCAACAGGUCUUUUAGGGCUUUCAGACAAUAGUUAAUUUUAUUUUGUUAACUACAUGAAUUGGAAAUCCUGAUGCCAGAUAGCAAUGUGUAUGCUACAAAGGCAUCACCUUAAAAGAGACUUUAUUCAUUUAUAUCUUGCUCUUCCUUCUCAAGGAGCCUGGCACGGGGCACAACAUCCAAAGUACAUCCAAAGCCAGCAAUUAUGCCUCUAAAAAUUGCAUGAGAAGCAGCAUAACAAACCAGCAUAACAAGAGAGCAGUUGAAUCCCAGAGCCAAUUUAUGACCCAAACACUUGAGCAGGUUUAAAUGUGCUUUCAACUGGUAUCCAAAUAAUAGCAGACAUACAUGCCAAAGAACCGACAAUGAAGGCCUCUCUUGAAAUGGUGCUUGCUAUUUGCACUUCUUCAAAAGAAGUUGUAUUAAAUGCUCCAUUAAAAUAUCUGUUCCCUGGUUAAAAGGGGGGAGAACUUUUUACCUGAUCAAAAGUUGUUUAAAUAGCUUAAAUGGUUGUUUGAACUUUGCAAACUGUGCACUUAUUCUAUAGAACAGGCACAUCCAACAGGUAGAUCAUAAUCUACUGGUAGAUCACUGGCUCUCCCCACAGAAGCUCAACAACUAUGAGCUGAACCACCCACCCACCCCCAAAAUGGGGGUAGAUCACUGCCAGAUUUUAAUUCAGAAAGUAGAUCACAGCCUCUUGGGAGCUGGCCACCCCUGCUAGAGAAUAUCUUGCCUACAAAAGAGGCUUACAUAAGGGUUCAGCAUUGUUUGAUAAUGAGUGUCUGUUUUUUGCUCUGGGUUUGGGUUUAGACCAUAAGCCUGAAGAAAACCUUUUUGAUUGCGGUGCUGAUGUUCCUUGAGGCCGUUUCUGCAACAGGAAAAGCACACAGCCUUCGAGUGUACAUGAAAUCCCCCCUUGUGGAAUGCCUGAUAGUAAGUCAGCUGCACACUCCGUAUCCAGAAACCUGUAGUAAGUGAACAGACUAAUCUGGUUGCUUCUCUAGACCUACUACACCUAUAAGCUGGUGGUCUGAGGAAGCAUCCUCCCUGAUCAUCGCAGUGGUGGGUCCUCACCAAGUCUCUGCCCAGUGCCUGGCCACUGAUCCAGAGACAGUUUGGGGUAGGACACAACCCAAACCCAUAAAGUUCACUGGGCUGAUUUGGGCCAGCUCUGUCCAGCUCACAGGUUGUUUGUUGCAAGUGAUCAAGAGAAGUCACAGUGCUACUCUGUUCUGCCAUGGUAAGACCCCACCAGGAGUCCCCGGUCCACAUCUGGGUGCCACACCUCAGGAAGGAUAUUGACAAGCUAGAACAUAUUCAGAGGAGGGUGACCAAGAUGAUCAAGGGUCAGGAAACCAAACCUUAUGAAUAACGGUUGAGGGAGUUGGGUGUGUUUAGCCUGGAAAAGAGAAGACAGAAGUGACAAGAGGUGGCAGAGCAGUUCUGGGUCUGCUUGCCAGGGUACCUGCCAUGCUCAGUGAUGCCACUCACACUGUGUCUGCAAUGACUGGCAGGUGCUGAUUGAGAGAGAGCCCAUCCAUGCCCUGACGGACACCGUGCGCCAAGACGCCAUGUACAUCGUGACACAACUCAGGUAGGGGCAAAACGAUGCUGGGGGGGGUGUAAAAUUCAGGGCUGCUCCCCUGACUGAGAGUGGAAGGGGGGAUGUGCUGAGUGGGUCCCUCCUCAGAGACCGGUGAACCUGCCUGUGUGACUGGCCCAGACAGUAGCCCAAGCAGCCUCUGCAUGGGCUCAGGCAGAGGGGAGGGGCCCCUGGCAACCUCUGAGGGAAGAUGCUGGAGAUCAAGCCUUCUACAUGCCAGGCACGUGCCCUCAGAGCUGAGGGGUUCCCUGCCUUGCUACCAUCCUUGACUGCAGCUGCAGGGUGCUUAGGAGCCCCAAGGUGCCUUUGUCGGACUGAUGUGGAUGUGACUCGAAGGAUGUGACUCAAUCGACUUGAGCACAACCAUCAUUUCACCAUUUGGUGCCACAGAUUAAUCUCAGGUGUGUUUCUUUUUCCUCAGCAAACUGAAGCCUCCCCUUGAGGCAGAGAAGAAGACCAGCCUCCUCUGUGCUUCCUUCCAAAGCAUGUUUUGCUUGGCCCCUUGGAGCUCCUGGAAGGGCAAAUUGCGGCAGAUGAGCAGGCAGCCAGCGUCAAAGUGAGCCCUUCCCUUUGCCAUCUCACUUGCAUUGCAACAUAGUUUCCGGAUGAGAACUGCCCUGGAAUUUACAAUGAGCAGAUGAGAGAUCUGGCAAAUCCCAACCAACUGUGCAUGAAAAUUUAUGCACGUCUGUUUGCAUGCCUCCACUUCCCAUUGGCUGCUGCCAUUGCAUUCCCAGGGCUGAGCAUGGUGCUCUUCUGGCAGUCAUGCCCCAGGUGCUUAUGGGUGCGCCCCCAGGCUCUGCCUUGCCUGGCCUCUUUGGCUGGAAUUGCAGCUCCUUGAGCUGCCUGGCUUUUCACCCUGGUGGGUUUUGACCUUGUGCUGGCUUGGGGUGGUUUUGUGAUGUUUUUGUACUGGUCGGCUUGUUUUCUCUUUGUACCAAUUGCUUUUAGCUGCAUUUUACUGUUUAAAACUUGUCAGUAGUUGUCUGGCAGUGGCCACCAGCCAAAUGGAUGAAAGUGCUUGUGCUGAAGGAGCAGAUCUCUCCCCACACAGGAAAGGGGCCCUCUGACAGCACCCUCUGGAUGCGGCCCUGGAAGCAUCUUGGCUGCCAUUUUAGAACUUGUCAUUUGGAUCAAUCUUCAUUUCAAGGGCUCCUCAUGGGCGCAGGACAGGAAACAUGGGGAGCUGUGCUGCCCCACUGCAUCUCCACCCUCACGCCCACCCAUCCGCCACCAACACCAGAGCACACAAAACUGCUCCAGGCUCCAUCAGUGAAUUGAGAAGCUCCUUCUCUGUGCAGAAUGGUCUCGAUAUGGCUGCUUUGCGGGUGGCAUGGAGCUGCAGUUUGCUUAUUGGGUGGGGAGAGGCCUGCGCCAGCUCUCGCCCUCCGUAGCCAAAGAGCUGGCAGAAAGGAGCCAACACCCAGACGCCCCUUACCUUUUCCUCUUCUACUCUGGCUAGUCCAGGCAGAGAAAUGACUUCUUGGGAUAAUGACCAGGCCCCAACCCCAUGUGACAAGGGGGGUGGGUGUCAGCCAGGCUGUUUUAUCUCUCUGGUGUGAGACUCCAGGGUCCUGAGGCUUAUACAAGGCUUGUGUUUCCUUUUGGAGAUGAGGCACAGCAAAGUCUAUGGAGUCUUUAUGAUUUGUUGUUGUUGUUGUUGUUUAGUCAUUUAGUCGUGUCCGCCUCUUUGUGACCUCCUGGACCAGAGCACGCCAGGCACUCCUGUCUUCCACUGCUUCCCGCAGUUUGGUCAAACUCAUGUUGGUAGCUUCGAGAACACUGUCCAACCAUCUCGUCCUCUGUCAUCCCCUUCUCCUUGUGCCCCCCAUCUUUCCCAGCAUCAGGGUCUUUUUCAGGGAGUCUUAUCUUCUCAUGAGGUGCCAAAGUAUUGGAGCCUCAGCUUCAGGAUCUGUCCUUCCAGUGAGCACUCAGGGCUGAUUUCCUUCAGAAUGGAUUGGUUUGAUCUUCUUGCAGUCCAUGGGACUCUCAAGAGUCUCCUCCAGCACCAUAAUUGAAAUAUACUCGGAGUCGCAAAGUGAUUUCAUGCUCUUUAUUCAGCUCAUAGUGGUGAGGAGGAAUGAAUGAAAGUCCCCUCAAAGUAUCUGCUUUAUAUACAUUAUUUACACAAUGGGCUGCACAUGAUUGGCUAAUUCUGGAAUUCUACUGUAAGCCAAUCAGGUUGUGGAUUCACUUAUAUCUGGAGCAUGAUUGGGUGGUUCCUGCCAACCAAUCAUACUGCUGCAUUGUUCUAGGACCAAUCAGACUGCUGCAUUUUGUUUUUUUGUGUGUGUGUGUGUGUGUGUGUGUGUGUGUGUUUUUAAAUGAUAUUUAUUAAGGUUUCAAUAAAAGAUUAAACAGAAAAACAUAAACGAAAAAUACACAAUUCAAAAAAGCACAGUACAUAGUCCAAAAAAAAAGAAAAAAAAAGAACAAAGAAAAAACAAAAUACAAGACAGAAAGAACAAUUAAAAACAAUAUCACCUUUUCGUUUCCAUCUUUAAAUUUACUUGUUUUCUGGACCUCCUCAUACCUCCCUCUUUUGUAUUCCAGUUCAAAUUGUUUUUCCAGCAAUUUCUUUCCCUCUUUUUUAAUCCCAAUCUUUAAUCUUAAUAUAAUAUAACAUUAAAAUUUUACCUCUUAAAAGCCAAAUUUCCAUUUCCUUAAACUUCUUUAAUCCUAAUCCUUAAUCUUAGUUUAUCUAUAACUUUAAAACUUGUACAGCUGGAAACCACUCAUUUUCAAUCCAACAUCACUCUAACAUUCUUUAAUUUUACAGUGUUUCUGUAGAUAAUCUUUGAAUUUCUUCCAAUCUUCCUCCACCGACUCUUCUCCCUGGUCACGGAUUCUACCAGUCAUUUCUGCCAGUUCCAUAUAGUCCAUUAGUUUCAUCUGCCAUUCCAGUGUGGGAAGUUCUUGUGUCUUCCAAUACUUUGCAAUGAGUAUUCUUGCUGCUGUUGUUGCAUACAUAAAGAAAGUUCUGUCCUUUUUUAUCACCAUUUGGCCGACCAUGCCCAGGAGAAAGGCCUCUGGUUUCUUGGGAAUGUAUAUUUGAAUACCUUUUUAAUUCAUUAUAUAUCAUUUCCCAGAAAGCCUUAAUCUUUGGGCACGUCCACCAAAGGUGAAAAAUGUACCUUCAGUUUCUUUACAUUUCCAACAUUUAUUAUCGGGCAAAUGAUAGAUUUUUGCGAGCUUGACUGGGGUUAUGUACCACCUGUAUAUCAUUUUCAUAAUAUUCUCUCUUAAGGCAUUACAUGCCGUAAAUUUCAUACCUGUGGUCCACAACUGUUCCCAGUCAGCGAACAUAAUGUUAUGUCCAACGUCUUGUGCCCAUUUAAUCAUAGCCGAUUUUACCGUUUCAUCCUCAGACUGCUGCAUUUUGAAUCCUAUUGUUCUAGAACCAAUCAGACUGCUGCAGUUUGGAUCCUAUUCAACUCAGUACAUAACAAUAAUACAAAAGUAUCAGUUUUUUAGCGAUACAUACAUACAUACAUACAUACUGGGACAACCAUAGCUUUAACUAUACAGACCUUUGUUGGCAAGGUGAUGUCUCUGCUUUUUAAGAUGGUGUCUAGGUUUAUCAUUGCUUUUUUCCCAAGAAGCAGGCGUCUUUUAAUUUCGUGACUGCUGUCACCAUCUGCAGUGAUUAUGGAACCCAACCAAGAAAGUAAAAUCUCUUACUGCCUCCAUUUCUUCCCCUUCUAUCUUUAUGAUACAUGGUUCAUUUACCCACGUAUACAACCUGAGCUCCAGAGGUCUUGCUUCUCCAAUAGGCGCAAUAGCUUUGGAUCCAAAACAGAAAUCAGCCCUGAUCUCUGACUCCUUCCUACAGUUGUCACAGGCUUUGUCAGCACAUCACAACUCUGGCCUUAUGUCCCCUGCUAACUACCUCUCUAGACUUUGUUUCCUGAAUGACCCACACUCAGGAAGCGAUGACCAAUUUGGCCUGGCUUGUAUUGUUAACAUAACCACUAUAUGGCGGGCAGGUUCAGUGCCUGGAACAGUUUAACUCCCCCAAGCCUGAUUCAUUCUGUUAUUGUAUCCAGGGAUUUAGGAUGUCUUGCACCCCACAAACUCUUAGCAAGGGGUAGGUAGGUAGAUCACACAGAGAGAGAGCAGCCCCAUGCCUCUUUUCUGUUGGGCUGUGCAAGGUUAAUGGCAGCUGCCUCUUUUCUGCUCCAGGGCUCUACUUCCAGACCAUCAGCAGCUUUGAAGAGAUGUUGCAGGCCCUGCUGCUGGAAAACCGAAGCCCAAGUGAGCUGGAGCACAUGAUGGAGGUAUGACUGAAUGCAAAGGAGUGCAAUGGUGGCGAGGCAAGCAGCAUGAUCCUUUGCGUGCUCAUCAGCAUGGGAGCUGGUCCCAGAGCCCCUCACCUGCCCGCCUCCCUGGGCACCAAUGCUGGGGGUGUGCAGCUAGAGAGGGGGCAGCGGAAGGAGCUCUGGUGCCUUGGCCAAGUGCUGGCACCUCUCGUAGUUCUCAGGCUCUCUCCUCUUAGGCCACACAUCACAGGAUGCCAAGCAGAUCUCUGAAGGGGGGCAGGGGGUGUUCAGAGACAUGUUUAGUGACAUAAAUCAUUUGUUUUCUAAGAUGCAGAGGUGACUGCUAAUAUGCUAACAGGAACAAACACACACCCAAUAAUUGGUCCUGCUAAUUCUGCAAAAUCUGACGGAAGAGAAGCGCUGUCUGCAACCCUCAACUUCAGUCCCAGACUUCAGCCAGGACACAUUUCCUGAGUUUCCCUUUGUCUUCCAGCUCAUGGAGCCCUGGAUGAAGGCAAAAGUCAACCAUGUGCGAGAGAAUGCUGUGGAGACAGCCAUGAAGCUCUUGAAAUUCGUCGCUACACAUUUCCACUCAGACGUGAGUAUCAGCAAAGUCUCCUUGGGCCCAGAAUAGGCCUCUCUUCCUCACGCGCUCCUGGCCAGAAGCCCAGCAGGGGCAGCCCUGGGGCAGCUGAGCCCCCUCCUCAUUGCCCCCUUUGUCCACAUAUGGCACGGUGCCCCCUGGAACCCAUCGCAGCGCCUGGCAGAGAGGGGCAGAGGAAACCUUGGCUCCCUAGGGAGGAAAACAGGCCCAGGAUGGUGCUGGGCUGUUUGCUCCAGCCCCGCGUGGCCUGAGGACUCUUCUGCCCCCCUUCAGUGGGAAUUGCAGAAGAUGUUUCCACAGCGGUGGCUGCAGCAUCGAGACAAACUUCCAACACUUUGGGCGUUCAGGAGAGUUAGCUCUCUUGCACGACCAGGACCGGACUUUUCUGUGGUGGCUCCCCAACUGUGGAAUGCUCCCCCCUGAGAGGCUCACCUGCCAACAUCAUUGGAUGUCUUUACAUGUCCUCUUUACCCAAGCCUUCACCAUUAAGCAAUCUAUGGCCUGUUACAUGUGGGUGGGUGCUAUUAUGAAUAUUUUAUUAUCAUGCUGUGUUUUAUUAUGCUGUGUAAAUUAAGUUCUUAAUAUUGUACACUGCCCUGAGAUCUUUGGAUAAAGGGUGGUUUAUAAUUUGAAUUAAUAAUAAUAAGAUGAUGGUGAUGAUGGUGAUGGUGAUGGUGAUGAUGAUGAUGAUGAUGAUGGUGAUGGUGAUGAUGAUGAUGAUGAUGAUGACUCAGGGCAUUGGUAGAAUCCAUGAAGGCCUCUUUGGACUCUGCAUGGGUUUGUGGAGGGGAGGUCAAUGCUCCCCUCAAGCAGACACACUCAGACUCCCCUGGCAUUUCUCCUGAGCACGCAUGGCAUUGAUCCUGCCCAAGCUGCUUCCAGACAUGUGUCCUGUGGCGGUUGGGUCACCGCAGUGGGCAUCCCAGUCCAUGCACAACAGCAGGCCGCACCACCUUGAAGCCCGGAGGGUGCCUUGCCAGCAGCUCCUUCCCUUCCCUUCUGUAAAUCAGUUCUCAGGGGAAUUCUGCAAGUUGGCUCAUCUCACAGCUGUCCUGAUUACUCUGUGCAAUGAUCCGGUGCAGCGUAUCAGUUCCUUUGCGGUGCAAGGAGUCAGUUGCCUCUAUGAGGUCCUGCUGCGUCGGCAAGGUAAGACAUGGGGAAUCUGCCGCCGCCACCACAUCUUUUUAGCUGUGCUUCCUGAACUGCAGGGGGCUGGGCUAGAUUGCCCUUGGCAUUGCUCCCAAUGCUACAAUUCUGUGGUUCUUUGCUGCUGUGCCCAGAUAGUGAGUGAGCCAGAGGCCACAGUUGCCCAUCGCACCUGCAGGGGGUGAGGGGUGUCAGCCGUGUCAGACUGAUUUCUUAAAGGCCAUCAUUUGGGUCCAGUCCACAUUUACAUUGGUGUUUAGGGCACUAAAUGACUCAGGCCCCAAAUACCUGGAAGGCUGCCUCCUUCCAAGAUGGUGCGUGGAGGAGCCCUCUUGGUAGUUCCUCCACCUGCAGAAGCUGGGAGAGGGUGUUCUGUGUGGCGGCCCCUAAAUUAUGGAACUCCCUCCCCGCAAGGGUGUGCCUGCCUGGCAUCUUCAAUAUGCAGCUUCUGGCAAAUGCUGAAGUCGCUGCUGCCCAGAGUGGUCUCCUCCUUUUCCCUGUGUUCCUUCAACAGCGCUGAAGAAGAGCAAGCAGAAGAGGAUGAGGUGGUCAGUGAGGAGGUACUCGAGGUCCCAGGAAGAGGAUGGCUUUUCUUUUCUGAUUCCAGAGAGCAGCUGGCACAUGGCCAUGGUAUGGUGACAAGUCCCCUGGCGCACAGAGGGACAGACAGCUCAGCCAUGGCGGCUGGUUUCAGAAUCCAGCUCUGCGUGUCACCCAGACAAUUCCCCCAGCCCUAGAAAGUGUGUGUUGGCAGCAACUCCCAGGGGUCUCUGCAAAAGCAGCAGGGGGCCUCUCAGGAUGUGUUGCCCCCUGCACAGCAGAGCAGGGACCGGGCACAGACACACAAACCCAUGCCGCCCCCUGUGGAGCCAUGAGAGUGGGUCAUGGUGGUGACAGCAGGGGUGCAAAGCCAGCAUUAAAGACCACAAAAAAUGUUGGACCUGAUCUCUGAUCUACAGGAGGGAGGAGGGAGGGCCUAACGCCACAAGCCAGGUUCAGGUGGUGCCCUGCAGGUGCCCUGCACCUCACUCUCAGCAAUGGAAAUGGCCUCCCAAGUGCCCCCCACAGGCUCCAGACCCCUGGGCCUCUGUGCAUGGGCUCCAACUGAAUCCCAUGCCAGCCCCACCCCAAUGGCAUGGAUCCCUGGUGGUGAUGUGGGGAGAGGGGCCUGGCACUUGCCUGCAGCCAACAAAAAACAUUGUUUUGUCCUUGUGAGGGUCAGGGUGGGGGUUCACGUGGAGCAGCUGAUGGGCAGCCACCUCCAGAUUUUCUGGACUAUGAUCUCCGAUAUAAUAAUACUCCAGCCUGGCCAAAAUUUGCCCAGAACAAGAAGGUUCUGCUUGGUCCCUCUGACCAUGUGGACAACCACCCAGCAUCUCCCACCAGUCAUGGACCUGUGCGACACCAAAAUUCGGCUCCCCACACCACUUCUUGCCUUUCAUUCUCCUGCAGCACCCCAAGGCUCUUCACCCAGCGGCUGUGCUCCCCUAAAUCCACCUCUGCUCACACAGCCUCAUACCUGCAGAGCAGCCGUACUCCUCUCACUGCCUUCCCAAGGGGAUGUAGAUCUAGGCUUUUAAGAAGGGAACAAUUAUGCGUUUUUUAUGGGAUGUUUAAAAUGAGAGCAAAGGGUGGCAAGGAAAAGGCGUCCACCAUGAGCUGUUUGCUCCUGAAAGAAGGCCCCAAAGAGGCUCCCUUUAUGCCAGGCUGGGCAUUGCGGUCCCUCAGGCUCACUGUGGUCUGUCCUGCGAUCUUUCAUUUGCUACUCCCUAGUCCUCUCACUGGGGUUGAACCCAGGACGCUUCCAGAGUAGGGAGGGUUCCUGGUGGGUCCAGCCCACCAUUUUACCUUUUACUCUCCCCCUGCUCUUUGCAGCACUGUGAGGACCACCUGUUCCCAUCUCAGCUGACAAACUUCCUGCUCUCCGUUCUGGAUAAUCUGAGAGGCUCCAACGCUGAGCUGCUGAAGGCUGCAGAGGAAGUGCUCAAUGCCGUUCUGAAGAACCACGCAAUGAAGGUGGAAAGGGUGAUUAUGACUAUCAUUCUAGAUUUCUUUAUACCCCACCUUUUCCCCUGAUGGGACUCAAGGCAGCUUGCAGAUAAAACCAAGAACAGCUAAAAAUAUAGAAAAAUCAGUCAUCAGAAUGCAGAACACUGAUAGAAGUAAAACUCUAUGCAUAUAUAAAGUCUUUUAAAACCAUGCAAGUAAUUACAAUAAAAGCAGCAUGGCACCAGCCCUUUCAUUAAAAGCAGUCAGUCCCCCAAAGCCUGUUGGAACAAGAAGGUCUUCACCUGCUGGCAGAAGCACAACAAGGAGGAGCCAGUCUGGCUUCUCUGGGGAGGGAGUUCUAAAAUUGCCUGGGAGCCGCAACCACCAAGAAGGCCCUGUCCUGCCAGGGAGGGUGGUGGGACCAACAGAAGGACCUCCCCUGGAACCUCAGAGCUCAGGCAGGUUUGCGUGAGGGGAUUCCCCUUUUCAGAUAGCCUGGAGCUAAUGGUCAGAAGAGUCCCUCAGCCUGGGAGCCUCUGCUCCACCCUGCUGGCUCAGUGACUCCAACUGAGGAGCUAGAGCUGCCUUCCCUUUGCAAAUGAUGAACCCCACUGAGACACAAAAGCCAAAAACGGAGUGUGUGUGUUGAGGUCCCACAUAAACCAAAGAGCAUUUGCACCCAAACAUCUCUGGAGCCUUGGCCUGACUCCUCCCCUGAGAGCCCAAGGGGCACCUGGGUUUGGGCCACACUUCACAGGGCGGAAGCUCUGCUGGGCCGCCUUCAGCGCUUCUCUUCUCCCAGGUGAAAGACAUCGUUGGUGCCAUCUACCUGUGUCUGCAGCAGCGCCAGCACUCCUGCUGGACCCGGAAGGGUGGUGCUGAGGGCCUUGGCCUUCAUGGUCCCUUACCACAUGGAGGAGGUGAUGCGGAGCUGCCUGUCCUUCUCAAUACCUGUCAACAGGUAGGCUGCUUGAUUCUCUGGGUAACCGUGGCUAGGCUGCCCCCACAGCCAUGCUCUGCUCCCUGCUGCUGCUCCUCCCAGGGAAGCUGCUGACUGAUCCUGCAUCCCGCGGGGCUGACUUCACAGGCACGCCAGCGAGCUCUGGACAGUGAUGGCGUCUGGCCCCCAGGUGGCCAUCCAAGUCCUGCAGCUCCUGCUGAAGCACCUUCAGGUCAAAGAUCCCCUGGAGAGCAACGAAGAAAGUGCCACCAUGUCUCUGGCUGUGAGUAGCGGGGCCUGCCUGGCUGUAUCCCACUGACUGGCGGGUGGGAAGUUGGUCUUCUCUAGGCAGAGGGCCCCUCCUCUCUCUUGGGUGUGAGCACUGGCACUUGGAGACAGGCGACAGUGGCGUGAAUGGCCUUGAGGGGACAUGGCAUGUUCCAGAAGAAUAAGCUGCUGGGUGCAGAGGCCCAGUGAGGACAGGUGCCUGGCGUUCCUCUUCUUCAGGCCAUGAACGUCAUCUACGAGACCUUCCACAUCCCAGGAUACCGCAAGGCCUUGGCAGAGAUGCACCUGCAGUUGUUCAUCCCCUUGCUCAAGCAGGUCCUGUAUGUGAUGCAGCUGGACUUGCCCGACUCUUUGAAAGUCAGGCAGGAAAUCCUCCUCAGAGAAAACACCAGCGCCCUCAGCUUCCAGAGGUACCUGACCAGGAUCUGUAAGGGAAGGUUGGCCAGGCUGGUCCCCAGCAGGAAGCGGUGUGCGUCUGUUGUGGGGGGGGGGGCAGGGAGGGUCCUGCCCUGCAGCAGGAAGAACUGGGGGGGAUGCAGGCAGGGGGGCCUUCUGCCUGCUCCAUGGAGGCCGCCCCCUCCAGCAGGCAGGAAAGAGCUGAUGCAACAAGUGGGUUGGGGCUCUUUGUGCAGAAAGCAGGGAAGGAGGGGCCUUGGAGUCCACCUGCCUGUUCUCAAGUCGUUGCUAAAUGCAGCGUCUCCUAAAAAUGGGAAGAAGCCUCUUCCUUUGGACUUGGGAGCCGCAGGCAGGAGUGGCACAGAUGGAGUUCACUGGUGCCUGGAGGAGGCUUCUGGCUUUCUCUUCCUGCCACAUUCUGCUCAGAAAUGGGGCAGCAGAGCUGGCUCUCAAGACGUUUUGCUGCAUGAGGUGAAGGGCAAGGUGAUACCUUCCCCCCAGGCACAUACAGAUGCCCGUUGGAUUGGCAGGCGGAUCUCACUCCAGUGCUGGUGAAAGGUCAGCAUCUCCCACGCACUUGAGGGCUGAAGGCUAGCAUGGCGGCUACAGGGCAGGCGAUGUGGCCCUCGCAGUCCCCUCCCCUCAGCCCCUGCCGCCUGAGGCUCCUGCCUCUCUGCCUCAUCACAGAGCCAGCCCCAAGGCAGUAUCUUGCGGGAGGAGAGUUUGGGGGAGUUCUGGGGAGAUCUGACUCCUGGUGGUCCCUUGCAGAACUUCGGUAGAGAUCAUGAAGAACCUCUUCUCUGUGGCUGGAGACUGGGCCGUCUAUGCCUGCAUCGAGUUCCAGCAGGGAUGGAUGGUGCUGAGCACCCCGGAUCGCUUCUUGCAAGGCACUCGCCUAAUGGCCAGGUGAGGGGAAGCCCUUCCCAGGCCUCCUUCCUGGGGGGUGCAGGUCCCCCUCGGCUCCGCUGCCUUUGCUCCUCCCCCACUUUAGCCCUCCCCAGACAUCCUGCCUUCUCCACUUGUCGCCUGAGCAGGGCCAUGACCGAGUGUGA